AUGGUACCAGGACCAUUUUGCUGCUCCUCCGCCAUCCCAAUCACAAUCAAGCAUCUCUCGCGCCUCAUCCUCCCAACCGCAACUCACAAGCCUCUGAACCCCGGUGAAGAACUUGCUCCUCUUCUCAGCACCUUCCUGGUGUCUCUCUGUACCUCUCACAUCCCCAUCCCCACGGCCGUGCCAACAGGAUACGUCUCCCGAUACUUCGUUAUCAUACAAGUCAAGAAGACCCGACAUUUUGAAGCGCCUCCCACCUUUAAACCAUCAGAUGAGUCCUCCGAGAACUUGUCCUUCGUCAAUGUUCCAAUGAACCCACGUCCUAAAACUUGCUCUACAUUGCAGCUCGCCGCCGAAAAACCUCAAAUGUCCUCUCCACAGAGAACAUCCGGACUCUCGGAUUUUGUCGAAGUCCCGCUCCCUACCCCAUCUCUCAAGACCCAUGUCUCCUCCUCGGAAGAACAUAUGCGCUACUUCGUCCCACUGGAGAGCACGACAAAACCUACCAUUCUGGUGGAAAACAGUCUUAUCAAAGGCAAGGAGUUUCGCGAGAUCACGAUUCAGGAGGCGCGUGCGAGUCUCGCGCCUAUUGCUGGUAUGGCUACGGGAGAGCGGAGGAAGUUUGAACAGGCUUCCGGGGUAGAGAGGUUAUGGUGCGAGGAUCACAAGUUCAUGUUUGAGUUACGGGUGUGGUUUAACGAGCUUUGA